AUGAAGCUUUUUCCGUCAUCGUUAGAUAGUCGCCUGAAAUGUUGCAUCGUCACUGAGGAUACAGAGCUAGGCAAGAAAUUAUCUGCACUUCUUUAUGCUGUCUCGGAAGCCAUUGAAAAGCAUUAUCUACAUGAUUUCUUUAUUUUAAUUUCAACUGAUGAAGCAGAUAACAUGGAUGAAGUGGUUGAAGCAUACACUCUUACUUUUACUUAUACUGAUGGCGGUAGAUUGCUUUUUCGUAGUCCAUCGCACGAAAUUGCGCUUUCAUGUGAAAAUGUCACUGAAUUGCGAAAGGAAGUCAUUGCCCUACUACACCGCUUAAAUGUUCUUAUGAAUAUACUAUCGCCAGUUCCGCAGAGCGCUUUUCCGUAUUUCAAGCUUACCUAUUAUACAAGCACUCCACAUAGUUAUGAACCAGCCGGUUUUAAGCCGUCAUCAACUACAUAUCGCUUCAAAAAUAUGACUUUCAUUUCAAAAAUAUCAGCUGGCACUUUCAGUACAAAAUUUCAGAGUUGCUCUGUGUGUCUGGAGUCCGUUUUCUUUGGGAGUGCAAAUGAACAGUAUGAACAGAAUGCUUCAAGGAUUGACAAGGAUGAACCACAAAUGCUGAAAGGAAUAAUCGGCGAAACUCCGAAGGGUAGACCGAAAAAAGACAGGCUGAUUGUUUGUGCUUAA